CCACCUACCAACAUUAUUCCUCCCAUCUGUCCUCAUGCCAGCUGCCGCACCUGCGCUCAACUCGCCAGCAUCACCACCAUCAUCACCAUCACCACCUCACCACUUCACCACCACCACCACCGCGGCCGCCAUCGCUCUCUAGCCUCGCCACCGCCGAGCGCUUGCCCGCCCGCCCGCCUGUCGCGAUCGAGGUGCCCGCCCGCUUGCCGCGUCACGCGCCCGUCGCCGGUGCCCCCACGAUGCAAUUCGAGUAAACAUCGUGUCCAGUGCAAUAUCUGCUGGCUGCUUGUCGCGCGACACUGCACCUCCAGCCGCAGCCACCACCACCACCAAGUUACCACUGCUACAAUCACCGCCGUCGCCGCCUGUCAAGCCAACCAACACGCCUGGCAGCCAGCCAGCAGCACACCAGCGACAUCCGACUCGACUCGGCGCCCAACCAACCACCGCCGCCGACCCCUCGUUUGUUGUCUGGCUGGGCUCGUCCUGUCCGACCUUGUCCUGUCCAGUCCAGUCCAGUCCUAUCCUGACCUGAUCCGACCGGACCUGGGCCUGCCCUGUGCUGCCCCGUCUCUCCAAACCAGACGGACUUCUCCUCGCUGGCCCGUCGGCAUGACCAUGCCUGUUGGCGACUGCGACGCCGAAGCGACGUCCAUCAACUAACCUCGAAUCCUUCCACGCGCGCCCUCGACCUGGUUUCGACGCGCCCGUCGUUGCCGCCACAAUCAUCAUCGACCCACGCCGAACGCACGCACGUCGCGACGACGGCCGUACACACCCACGCCCCAGCGCUCGCGCGCGGCGUCCCGUUACACUAGCAUCUGAUCGCCGCCGCGACCUUUCUUUCCCAUCGCCGCCCUCGCGCCGCCUCUUCCAUCGCCCUCCCUUCAUCCGACGGCACGCCCCCCGGCCCCCGGGCGACACGCCGCCAUGGACCUUCGCUCCGUCCUCAACACGUCGGACAAUGGCGAUCGCGGCCCCCCCAAGGCGCCGCUGACGCCCCAGCAGCAAAAACAGCCGCCACCGCAGCCUCUGUCGCAGCCUCAUCCCGCCCAAAGCCCGGCCCAAUACGGCGCCUACCGCGAGUAUGCCCAACAACAACCGCAGCAGCAGCAGCCGCCGCCAUCGCAGCAGCAGCAGCAGCAGCAACACAUGAGCCAGGACUAUCCUCACCAUCCUCAUCAACCGCAGCAACCACACCAACAGCAGCAGCAUCCCCACGGCGCCUAUCCGCAGCCCCAGUACCAGAACGCGCUGCAGCACCACGCGGCCCGUGACGCGCCGCCGCCUCCCCCCCUUCGGCCUGCCGGGUCCUUCCACGAUGUUCGCUCCCCCGGCGGCGCCGCACACGUCCCGCCUCAAUCGCCCUACCGUCCGACGCCGACGCCCACCAAUGCCCCCGCGGGCGCUGCUGGAUAUCCAUUUCCGCCUCAGGCAACUCCUGAGAUGCCCAGCCCCAGCCAGAGGCAUCAGUAUCCCCCUACGCCGUACCAGCAGCAGCAGCAGCAGCCGCCUUCGCAACACCAACGGCGUGACAGUUACUCACAGGCUGGUGUCGCGGGCCACGCCUACGUGCAACCGCAACAGGUGCCACAGACCCCUCCCAUCGGCACCUCAGGCGCCUCAUCCCAUGUCUACAUGCAUCAGCGCUCCCAGUCGACGCACUCGACACCCACCCCGACCUCGGCGCACAGCCAGCAACACUUUGGCCCUCCACACGUCCACGGCAGCCCCGUCGUCGCCUCCCAGCCCCAUCCCGCUGACUUCAAUCGACAGCCUUCACAGCCCCCGACGCCGAUAGGACCGCCGCCGCCCGUCGCCAGGCAGUCGACCGGCUUCGCCCAGCCGCCGAGCCCCUACCAACAGCGCAUGUCCUCGGUCGGCCAGCCCCAGGCUUCGCCCACGAGCCACCCGCCGCCUCCGCUGCCGCCCCACGCCGCCCAGCGCAUGCCCAGCAGCAGCAGCACCACCCACGCCGCUUACGAGUCUCCCGCGCACGACUCCCCCCACAGCCGGCCCAUAUCCCGCCACGGCCCCGAGCGGGAGAGCAGCCUGCGCGAGAGCAGUCUGUCCGUCAGCCCGCGCACCCGCGUUGCCUCGCUUGCUAGCAGCUCCGACAGAGACAGGCAGCCCCCUUCAGCCGGCCACGAGCCUGAGAAACGCCCAACACAGACGUUUCAACCCAUGGCCGUCGACACCGCCGCCGCCAUCGCCGCCACCGCUGCCGACCGCGCCGUCACUCCUGCCAAACGCAAGCUCGAAGACCGCAGCAUGAGCCCCAGGGAGCUUGAGAACCGGCAAAUCCGGCCACCCCCCGGCGAGGUAAACGGCCGAGUCCAGAAAGCACCAACCCCCGAGCCCACCAAGAAGCGCCGGCAAGUCCGCGCACGACCUCCCAUCUGGGCCCAGAGCGCCCACACUCUCGGCAACAGACCCCCGGCUCACCCCAACUUUGUCCUCCAGAAGCGGCCCAAUCUGCACGUAAACGGCAAGCAAGAGACCAAGCCGGAGCGCCCGAGCCGCCAGCCAUCGCCCGAGGCGCAGCGGGCGCAGCAGGGCAGCGUUGCCGCCAACCCGCCGCCGCCGCCCGUCGAGGCGGGCCCCCAGGACAUCCUGGGACCGUGGGAGGCGAGCAUCACGGGCAUCAAGCCCUAUGAGGAGGUGUCCAAGAAGAUCGCCGACUUCAUCUUUAUCAACGCCGUCAACAACCGCGAUAUCAAGGAGAUUGUCAGCCGCGGCAUCCACUUCGAGAUCGAGGCCAAGCUGGGUACGCUCAUCGACAAGGACACAAACCACCGCGUGGAGCGGUACCUGGAGACGGAGACGGUGCUACAGGACACGGGCCGUGUGGCGUUUCGUAGUAGCAUGACGGAGGCCCACCACAAGGCAUUCAACGAGUUCCUGAACCAGAUGGUGAUUCAGACGGAUCCGCGCGCCGGCACGAACCGGGUGCAAGUGCACUACAAGCACCGUCGCGAGAUCGAUCGCUACUUUGAGCUCCCACCCGACCUGCAGAACCGGCUGCCUGGGUGCGUGCGCUCUCGGCUGGGCGCCCGCGCGCGUAAUGUGCGCGUGAGGGUGACGUACGACCAGCGGACGCGCGAGGUGCUGGACAAGAUCAUCAAGGCGCGGGUGGCCGACAUUGACCUGCACAUGCCGUCGUGCCCGAUGGACUGCCGGCUGAGCAUCAACCUCGAGAUGCCGUGGGAAGGCUCGGUCGAGGAGCUGGAGCGGCUGGCGGCGAGCCCGGUAGACCGGCAGCCAGACAGGAACAAGGACCGUCUGAGCUACAGCCAGGGGCAUUAUCAGGUGGACCUGACGCAGGUGACGGUGACGACGCCGGGACCAGGAAACGCGCAGCGGACGGAGAAGGAGCACGAGCUGGAGAUUGAGGUGUCGCCGGAGAUUGUGCUCGACCAGGGCAACAGGGCGAUGAACGGAGCGCCCCAUCGGUACCAGGAGCUGGUGGAGGGCCUGGUGGACAAUGUGCGGCUGCUUGCCCGCAAGGCGCGGGAGUUUGGCUAAAAGGAUACCACGGGGGGAGUGUGUGUAAGUUGUUCGUGUGCGUGUAAGUUGUUUGCAGGAGGUGCAAAGCACGGACAACGACGACGACGACGACGACGAGAGAGGGGACUGGGGCGUGUAUGUGGCUUCGGGGUGUGGUCUGGCCAUACUAGUAGCAUGUGAAGCCGGGACAGACAGAGCCAGCCCAGGCACGGCAAGGCAGCUGAGAGGGAAGCUGCGGAGGCUGAUGGAUGUGCAGCGAGACGAGACGACACCGACACUGUACGUACUAUGUAGAAUAUCAAAGACGGGGUCACACACGGACCACGGGGGUUGGUUGGUCCUGCGAGGGACGGACGGACGGACAGACGACGGGGGAGGGAGGCUUGGAGGGGGCCAUCCUUGUCUCAGUUUAGGCCUUUUGCCGCAUCGCAUGUACAGUAGCGAUGAGGACGAUGGGAGAAAUGUACCAUCGGGGACGGGGCACUUGGUUGACUUGAUGUGGU